AUGAAGUCCAUCCCUUCAAUCCUCCUCCUGGCCCUCCCCUUGGCAGCCCUCGUCAGCGGAGCUCCUAGCCCCAAUCCCGAUCCCAAUCCGAAUCCCAAUCCCAGACCAAACCCCAGAGCCAACCCCAACCUCACCAAACGCGACGAAGUCUGCGAGAUCAUUGGCAACGACGGCGCCGUGAACUGCCGCGCCUGUCCAUCCUUUAGCUGCGAGGUGAUCACGACCGUGAAUCCGGGCGAGUAUUGGGAUUUUUCGUGCUAUGCGGUUGGGGAUUGCUAUGAGGGGAACUGUACCUGGGAUUGGAACGCAGAUUUGGGAUGCUAUGUUAGCGGGUUUUAUACCGAUGAGAAUUGCUCGACUAGCACGUAUAGUACAUCACAACAGUCUAAAUACAAGAACCAUCCACAAUUUCAACGGAUAACCUCCAACUCACCGAUUCAACGCCCUCCUGGCCAGAAGAUUGGCCUGCUGGUUAUACUGCCUUGGCACAUGCCAAAACUGGACCUGCACGCCCUGCUCCUCCAGCUCCGCCACCAGCCCGUCCAGUCUGCAAAAGAGCUCGCCGUUUGUGACCGGCUUCCCCGCGCAGUUCUGGUAGCCGUUGCGCUUCCACUUGGCGAUCCACGCCGUCAUGCCUUUGACCAGGUACUCCGAAUCGGCCUUGAUGACGACUUGCUGCCAUUCUUUGCCCUUUCUGCGGCCUUUCGCCUGCAGGACGAGCGCGUGCUCGAGGGUGCGGAUCGCCGCGCUCAGUUCGGCCACCUGGCUGGUUGGGUUCAGGUCAGGGUCCAGCACAAAGCUCUUGUUGCAGCGCGACCGCUUCCCAAAGUACACUCCUGCAGCGGCUCGCGCGCCCGUCCGGCCGUUGUUGGAACACGCCCCGUCGACGGCGAUGACGAAGCUGCCGUCGUGGGGCGGGUACUGAUGGCAUGA